AUGUAUUUCCAACGAGCAACUAAUUCUGUUCAAAGAAAUGUUCCUUCAGUGUAAAGACAAAUUGGUAUCAACAAUUAAUAAUAUGUAAUGAAUAUUAAUAAUUUAAGCAAUCUCCUAACGUAAUUAAUUUUUCUGGUUAAAGUUAAGCUAAAUCGAUUUAGGAAACUCCUUAAGGGAAUUUUGUAAAGGAUCAAUUAGAUUCAUUAUAUAUAAGUUUGAAGAAAGAAAACUAAGUUUUAAAGGAUAAAUUAUCAAUGAUUAGUCUAUAAGUUGAGUAGGCAGAAUAAAAAUUAUAAGAAUAUAAAAAAGUUUGA